AUGUUUAUGCCGAGGUUCCUAGUUGCCGCCCUAGCCGCGUUGUUCGCCCUCACCAGCGCCGGCUUCGUCGGUCACUACGGAGGCUACGGAGGAUUCGGAGGUGGAUACGGCGGAGGCUACGGUGGAGGCUACGGCGGAGGCUAUGGUGGAGGUCACGGUGGCUACGGUGGCCACGGCGUUCUUGUCAGCUUCGGAGGCCAUGGCGGCUAUGGCGGCUACGGCGGUGGCUACGGCGGCUACGGCGGUGGCUACGGUGGCGGCUACGGCGGUGGCUACGGAGGAGGUUACGGCCACGGAUGGUGGUAGGAGAAGACGAGUCAGCUGUUCAUCUGCAAUCACAUCUUCAGACGCCAUGUUUUACUGUAAAUAAAGUUUUUA